UUACCUGCCUUUUUAGGGAGAACUGGCUGGGUGCUAUGCAGAAAGCAAAACCUGUGCUGUUCUAUCUGCUUCGCUUCCUUGCCGACCUUUCUUCUCUGUGUGUGCAUCGAGCUACAGCUGUGCACUUUCAGAGUGUCUGCGUGUAGCUAAGUGUGUAGCCAAGUGCACCUAGUGCUCUUUUUAUUCAUAGCUUCAUUUGGAACCUUUCUGAAUCAUAAUUUGAACAGUACGCCGUGUGAUAGAAGAUGCACUAUUACCGAUAUUCUAAUGCAGAAGUCAGCUGUUGGUACAAAUAUCUGCUCUUCAGCUACAACAUUGUCUUCUGGCUAGCUGGCAUGGCAUUCCUUGCGGCUGGACUGUGGGCAUGGAGUGAAAAGGGUGUGUUAUCUGACCUAACAAAGGUGACUGGUCUUCAUGGUCUUGAUCCAGUGGUGCUUGUCUUAGUCGUGGGAAUCGUGAUGUUUACUUUGGGAUUUGCUGGCUGUGUGGGAGCUCUGAGAGAAAACAUCUGCCUUCUGAAGUUUUUCUGUGGAACGAUUGUAUUUAUAUUUCUGUUGGAGCUGGCAGUGGCUGUUCUGGCUGUCUUGUUCCAGGACUGGGUGAGGGACAAAGUCAAGGAGUUCUUUGAGAAUAACAUUAAGUCCUAUCGAGAUGAUAUUGACCUCCAGAACCUCAUUGAUUCGCUACAGAAAAUUAACCAUUGCUGUGGUGCCCAAGGCCCGGAUGACUGGGAUUUCAACAUAUACUUCAACUGCAGCAGUGAAAGCAAAAGUCGUGAGAAAUGUGGUGUUCCAUUCUCCUGUUGUAUACCUGAUCCUGCUCAAAAAGUUGUGAAUACACAGUGUGGCUAUGAUGUCAGAAAAAAGAGCAAGAAUCAGUGGGAUGAUCAGAUAUUCAUCAAAGGUUGUAUCGUUGCUCUGGAAGCUUGGUUGCCUCGAAAUAUCUACGUUGUUGCAGGUGUCUUCAUAGCUAUCUCACUGUUACAGAUUUUUGGAAUUUUCCUAGCCAGGACAUUGAUUUCUGAUAUUGAAGCUGUAAAAGCAGGCAAUGCCUUCUGAGUAUAAAAUUGAACAUAUGUUGCAAAAAGUAUAUCUUACUAUUCUUGGUCAGACAUGAAAAUGGAAAGAAAUGCACAGACCAUGAAAUACUCCUGGUAUUACCUGCUCAUGGGUUUUGCUUCAGGCUGGUACAAAAAAGAAUCUGCAGCUCAUCCGUCUGCCUUUUUUCUUAUGAGACAACUCAGUGCAUCAGAAUUGAUCUCUGGUGAGGAAGAAAUGGAAGUUUCCCAAGUUGUCAGAACUGAUUUUAAACUUGUAGGAAGAAGAAAUUGAACUGCUUUAAGCUCCUUCCUUGAAGAAUUACCAUGAAGAUUGUUUUGAUUUUACUCUGAACUGUCAUUGCUUUCAGUGUUAUAAUCUCUUCAGAAGGCCUGCUGAUCUCUUAAGAACAUUGAAAAGGUUGUAGUCUCUACAGUAGACUCAUGCAGUCAGUUGGGCAAGUUGACCACCAACUGUCAUCAUGGUGGUAUUGGAAAUGGAAGCAAAUAUCACAAAUUUUCCAGUUCUUUUCUUCUUGGUUGUGCAGAAAUAGGGGGUAUUUCUGUUCGACUGGGAAUGAAGCAGAAGCAGAAACUUACGUUCAGCCUUGGAUAGCUUGAGUAACCCAAGCAGUUAUGAAAAUGCAUGAGGGGAAAAGUCUGACUCUAUAGUAUUAUAUGUUAGCAAUCUCCAUUUCAGGCAAGGGAAUGUGAAUCCUUAGUGCUGUUUCCUGUCUGGAAAAAAUGUAAAUAGUCUUUAUUUAUAGAAAAAGGAAAAAACUCUUUAAAAAUGUGUAGCUUUUUACUGUUUAGUGCUAUUUUUUAAGAAAUGCUGCCCUCAGAAUUUUGGAAGUGCAGUUUGUUUCAGUAGUUAGCAAGCAUGCUAAUGCUAGCUUUGGACUUGUUUUCCUUUCCUCUGGUUUCUUUGCUAUGCUGAUCAUUACAAGCCCUAAUUGCUAGUAUCAAAGUUGAUGAAAACAUUCAGAUUCAGCGUUAAUCACUACUGGCCUUUUUUUUUUUUAUUAUCAGAAAGUCUGCAUUUAGUAGAACACUAGCUUUUGAAUUUUUUAUGAAUCUUCUAUAAAGUUACUAAAUCAUCAGUUCUGUUUGUCUUCUAAUCUGUGGUUCAAAUGCCAAUCACAGUGUGCUGACAGGAACCAUUUCUUCACAGUUUCUUCUUAUGGUAUCAAACCAAAGUACUUCUACUGAAAUAAUUUCUGUGGGUUUUUACUGUUUUUACUUUUACCAGAAGAAAACUGAACUCUUCUUCCCAUCCUUUUUUUCCUGAAGUGCAGUAAGAUGGCCAGUCUUGUCUGAAAGUCUUUGGAUUAGGACUGCAGUGGCUGCAGAAGCACGGCCACGCCUGGCAUACUAUUUUAAUCUGUCAAAGAUGGAUGUAUAUGGAUGAAAACUUCUAGGAAGUAGUUGUUGGUUUUACAGUAGGCUGUAUAACUAACAGUGUUUACUGCUUCCAGUGGCACCCAUUUUUUUCAGGGAGAGCAGAUUUUUUUUUUUUUUUUUUUUUUACAGUGCCUGAGAGUGUAAAUUUUAAAGAAGUAUAUAUUUUUCUAAUGAUAUUUUACUACAUGUAGUCUGUGUGAAGAACUUGAUAGUUGUAUUUCCAAAGCCUAUGGCCUUCUUAGGAAGCCAAACUCCUAAAUCUUUCAAUUCCAUUUUUGUAUUACGCAUGUAUUAAUGAAUGUUUCACUGGCAGAAGCUGACUUGCAGUAAGAAUCUUUGUGUUGCUUGUCCAGAUGUUCUUGUAGCUUUUUACCCUGUGAAACACUUCACAGGCCAUGCUGUACUUCUCAUGUAUAUUUCAAUGCAGCUUUAUAGUUCUUUUUCUGGCUAGUGAUUGAGACAGAAGAGGACAAAGAAGCUUGUCUCAAGUUGGCUGAUUUCCUUAGAACAGAGAACAGUCCAAUAUUAUUCGUCUGGAAAACCUGUAAGUAAAAUCUAUAGAAGUGCACUGUGAUACUUCUUUAGCUUCAUUAUGCAACAAGGGAAAAAUAGCUGUAGAUCAAUGAAGGAAGGGCAAGAUGCAUUUCUUCUGCAGAGCCUUGAAUUUGUGGUCUGUAUUACCUUUUUGUUGAAUGUAGUUCAUUAGGAGCAGCCAAACAUUUGCUGCAGUUAUUCUGUGAUUCUGUGAUACUUUGCAAGCAACAAAGCGGUGUUUUGUAACUUUUUGUAACGUUUGCUUUUAACUCUGGUGCUCAAAACUAUUACAACCAGCUUGCUCUAUUCUGUGUGAUAAUCUGAUGUAUAUAAGAUUGGAGAAUACUUCCUGUUGUAACUUUCUGUUUGUAAAACAUCAUAUUGAAAAUUGCAUCAUGGAGUACAUUUCACUGUGCCAUUUUUUGACACAAGGCACGUAGUGCUGGGAAGUUGUUUCAAGAGUUGAUGAAAAUCAUCGUGGCUUCAACAAGGUCAAUAAUGGAGUUCACACACUGAAGUUAGCUGCCACCCAGGGCCUGUUCCAUCCAUCAGAGUUCCACUGUCUGCAGAUCCUUGCCAAGAUGCCUGAAGACAAAUGAGUACUUGAUUUCUUUUGGUUUUUCAAUACUCUGGUUUGUAUGCAAAGCAGAAUUUAAUCAGCGUUGUCUUUCUACAGUUUGUUCUUACUGGCCUUGGCCAUGUUAACACCAGCUUUGUAGUAUCAAUACUCUUUGGAAUCUUUUGGAACUGAGAAUCUUUUGGAAUCUUUUGGAACUUUUUCAACCUAUCUGAGGCUCUUUACAUUCAUGAACAUUUCUGUUUUCACCAUGGAUAAACUUCUCUGCAUUUAUUCAGUAAAAUUUUUAAAAUCC